ACCCCGAUAGAUCAGAGCACCGCCCACAAAAUUAGGGCACACCGUGAUUCCUUAGCCAAAUUGAAGAUGAGGAGAAUUCCUCUGCUGCAUUACAGUUCCAAUGUUAUUCGCUUUAGCUCAUGCUUUGCUAUUUCCCGUUCUGUUUCGUCAUUUACAACCAGAAAUUGUUCUUCUUCUCAUAGCAAUACAUCCAUUCCGGCAAAGGGUAAACUUGGGGUAGCUAGCAUGUUUGAGAACGUCAAGUGUUUAGAUGAAGCUGUGAGUCUAUUCCGUCAAAUGGUCAGAACUCAGCCUCUUCCUUCUGUUUUUAGCUUCUCCAAAUUAUUAAAGACUAUGGUAAAUAUGAAGCAUUACUCUGCCGUUCUUUCCCUUUUUCGACAAAUGCUGAAAUUAGGCAUCCCAAUUAGUGAUUCAAUCUUGAAUAUCGCGAUCAACAAUUAUUGCCUAAUGCAUCGUUCUGACUGUGGAUUUUCAGUGUUAGCCAUUUACUUGAAGAAGGGCAUUCCAUUUGAUAUUAUCACAUUUAACACCUUACUAAGGGGACUCUUUGCGGAAAAUAAGAUAAAAGAUGCGGUUAACUUGUUCAAAAAGUUGGUGAAAGAGCAUAUUUGUGAGCCUAAUGAAUUCAUGUAUUCAAUUGUCAUGAAUGGGCUUAGCAAAAGGGGUCAUACUCAAAAAACUUUCGAUUUGCUUAGGGUAAUGGAACAAGGAAGCACUAAGCCCGAUGCAUACACCUAUAACAUUGUUAUAGAUUCCCUAUGCAAAGAUAGGAUGUUAGAUGCUGCUAUUAGCCUUUUUGAUGAGAUGAAACAAAAAGGCAUUCCUCCAAACGUUGUCACUUAUAAUUCAUUGAUUGAUGGUCUCGGUAAGUUUGGUAAAUGGGAAAAGGUUAGGAAUUUGUUCUUAGAAAUGGUAAAUCUGAAUAUUUAUCCUGAUGUCUGCACCUUCAACAUAGUUAUAGAUGGACUAUGCAAAGAAGGGAAAGAUAAAGAUGCCGAGGAGGUAAUGAGACACAUGAUUGUAAAAGGUGUAGAGCCAGAUGUAUUCACCUACAAUGCGAUGAUCAAUGGAUAUUGCUUGCGCGGUCAAAUGGAUAAAGCAAGGAGACUUUUUGAUUCGAUGGUAGAUAAGAGCAUUAAGCCUGGCAUUAUUAGCUAUAACAUAUUAAUAAAUGGAUACUGUAAGAAAAAGAAAUUAGAUGAGGCCAUGCAUUUGUUUCACGAUAUUUCUCGAAAUGGAUUGAAAGCUAGCAUUGUUACCUACAAUACUAUCUUGCCAUAUCUAUUUGAAGUUGGAAGAACUGACAUUGUGCAAAAAUUCUAUGAUGAUAUGCUUUCUAUGGGGCUCAGACCUGAUUUAUGCACUAAUUGCAUUUUGCUCCAUGGUUAUAUUCAGAAUGGACUUGUUGAGAAAGCUAUGUUGCUAUUUCAUGAGUUGGAAAAAAAGAGAGAUGAUAUUGAUAUUGAACUUUACAAUGUUAUUAUUGACGGAUUGUGCAAAAAUGGUCAGCUCGACAAAGCUCAUGCAAUUUUUGAGAAGCUUUCUUUGAUUGGAUUGUUUCCCAAUGUAAUUACAUACACUACAAUAAUAAAUGGAUUAUGUCUAGAAGGGUUGUUAGAUGAAGCCAAAGAUAUGCUAACAAAAAUGGAGGACAAUGGUUGUUCGCCAAACAACUACACGUACAAUGUUAUUGUGCGAGGAUUUCUCAAGUUUGGCAAAACUAGUGAAAUGACAACUUUUUUGAAGGAAAUGACUGAAAGGGGAUUCUCAUGUGAUGCAAGUACAGUAAAGUCACUAAUAGCUGCUAUAGCGAAGGAUCCUUCUUUGCUUAACAUGAUACCUGAAUUUCGCUUGGGAAAUAAGAAGUGAUUUAUUUCACUUGAUUUAUUCAGCUAUACUUAUUUUCACAUUUAUCGUCUUCUUUUAACACAAGAGGCUGAACUGAAUGAAGGAUGAUUACAGCUACCAUCUAGUUAAAGCACUUGUAUAUUUUAUUUUCUCAAACAUUAAAGUGUUGUGUGGAAGUUAAGUGGCUAUUAAUAUGAUCUUAACAGGGUAAUUCUUUGUUAUGCCCCUUAGUUAUUCUUUUUGUUCUAUUCGGUUGCGAUUGCUGUCUUCUUCAGGAUUAGGUGAAAAACAGAUGACUUCAGGCUUGGAAAUUCAUCCUGUUCCCACUAUUGGUCUAGUCUAAGUUAACUUUGUCCCUCUCUCUCUCUCUCUCUCUCUCUCUCUCUCUCUCUCUCUCUCUCAUGUGGAGAAACAGAUUAACUUGAGACAAUCUUUGCAUGCUGUAAUUGAGCAGAUUUAGCUUUUCAGAAGCACGCCAAGUCAGUUAAUCUUUAGACACUUGUUCUGGAGAGAGAUUAUUGCAGAAUAUGCUUGCGCAUAUUUUGGAUUAGAAAUCCAAAAAAAGAUCAUCAUUAAGUAAUCUAUUAAGUUGCUGUUCAACCGUGCAAGCAGAGGCAGAUGCAGCCUUAUACACAAUGGGUUCAAAUGAUCCUAGACCUCUAGUGAGCACACAUGAGAUGCAUACCUCAUUAGUGCAUGAUUUAUUGUAAUGAUGGUUUUUUUUAUUCAUAACAAAUGGAUUGAUUACUUUUUAGAAAUGAAAAGGGGAUCCUUUGUUAGUUAUUCUAUUCACAAUCAUAGCUGGGAGGGAAAUGCAAAUAUCCCAACCAAAUUUGAGCUAUAGAAGGGCUAGUCCUAUUUCUUUUGCUUCAUUCGCAGACUUCAUCAUGUUGGCGACAUAGAACCCAGUACCAAUAACCAAUAGAGCACAACGAGUCAUUUUCAUCAUUUUUCUUGGAUUCUUCAGAUUUGCAGCCAAACCACUAGGCACUAGCAUAUCUGGCUGUUUCACCAUCAGUCGCAUCAUUUGACAAUUACUCUCAGAUUCCCUGUAAGAACUACUUUUAUCCGCUGGAGAUAUUUCUGGAAGACUUUUACCUUUUUUUGCUGGCUCUCUAGCAGGGGUAUUAUUAUCCUGCUUAGUGAAUUCAUCUCUAAAGGGGUACCCUUUUAGGUUUCGGUACACUAAUUUAAAAAUUCAUCCAGUAACAGUAAUCAUUAGGGACUUUUAAUUUAAUUACUCUUGUCUUUUCUUUAGACAAGUCAGUCAUGACUAUUGGCCUUCUUGGAGUAGUACGGGCGGAUUGGGAAGAAUAGUUAAGCCCUCUUGUUUUCAAAAGUGACAAAUAUUUUGAACCAAUUUUUUUUGUGUGACUAAAGUGGCAAAUAAAAGCAUGAGGGAGUAAUAUUUUUCUUUCUUUUACGAGAUUCUAAUCUUCUUGGCCGUUGUUUGUGACAGAUUUAGACCCACGCUAUUCAAACUUUAAUGACAUCAUCAUCCAUUCAAUUAUCGACAUGGAUGUUGACGUGAUCACCAUCGCGACCUUCAGGUCAGGUGAAAAGUUUCUUUUUGUGUUCCGCAAGGGAGUGAAUUAUGGUGCUGGGAUUGCAGUGGAGUAUACGACAUCCAUUAGCCAAGGAUUCCAUUGAUAGAAUAAUUUGCUGACAGGAUCAGGAAGAUCCUUGCAUCCUUGAUACCAACAUCCUCUGGGGUAACCCUGUCUAUAGCUUCUAGACGCACAAGUAUACUGAAGUUAAGCCUGCCCUCAACAACUUGGUUGCAGCUGCUAAGCUCUUCCACGCACAGUUGGCCAGCACCAAGUGAGCUUGAUUUACCUACACGACAAUAUCUGACAUUUUGAAAGAUGAUGCUGUGCACAGCAGAUGAUACUAUGUUAUGAAGCGGUGAAGCGGAAGACAAACCGUACAUUUGGACCCUUUGGUGAUUUUGGUAACUGGGAAAAAUAAAUCAAUUGCUGGAAUUAUAUUUGGACCCUUUGGUGAUUUUGGUAACUGGGAAAAAUAAAUCAAUUGCUGGAAUUAUAUUUGGACCCUUUGGUGAUUUUGGUAACUGGGGAAAAUAAAUCAAUUGCUGGAAUUAUUAGAGAAAGAGGUGUCAACCACUUUCAAAAGCUAUAGUUAUCACUAUGAUGCAGUUUCCUUUUACCUCCACAAAUCAUAUCCAGUGGAAUAGCGGAAGUUGUAACAAUGGCAACUAGAACAGCUCUUGAGUUUCCAAUCAAGGUUGAGGAGAUUUACAACCAUACGAUUCAAACUUCAAUGACAUCAUCAUCCAUUGAAUUAUCGACAUGGAUGUUGACGUGAUCAUCAGCGCGACCUUCAGGUCAGGUGAGAAGCUUCUUUUUGUGUUCCGCGAGGGAGUGAAUUAUGGUGCUGGAUUGCCCUGGAGUAUACGACAUCCAGUAGCCAAGAAUUCCAUUGACAGAACAAAUUGCUGACAGGAUUGGCAAGAUCCUUGCAGUCCUUGAUACAAAUAUCCUCUGGUGUAACCCUGUCUAUAGCUUCUAGACGCACAAGUAUACUGAAGUUAAGCCUGCCGCAGCAACUUGGUUGCAGCUGCUAAUCUCCUCCGCGAACAGUUGGCCAGCACCAAGGACCAUUAAAUCCAGUAAAAUUAAAAAGAUGGAAAACAAUUACAACAGCAUGAGUAGAUGUACUUGAUGUGACGAUGUUCCCAAAUGCUAAAGCAUAUGGAGCAUCCUUACGAAUUACGAUACACUGAAUUAGCUUUGCAACAGCCGGGGGAGGGCAUCUUUAUGUAUACAAUCAGAGAUGAAGAGGAGAUGGCUCAAUCUGAACAUACCUCUCCAUGGUCCAUAGGUGCUGAAAAGUUAAUGCAUCUCCAAUUUUGCGGGACGUGCAAGAGCUCACUUUAAAUGAGAAGUCUUCUUCAGUGAAAUCAUUGUGCCAUUUGCCUAGAGAAACUAUACCAUCAUAUGCAAUGACACCAUCUUGUAUCCCUACAGUCUCGAAUGCAAAUUCUAGUGCGAGGAAGAUUGAACAGUUUAAUUCUUAGUUUAUUCCCCUAAUUAUUCCUUUUGUUCUGUUUAGUUGUGAUUGUUGUCUCCUUCAGGAUUAGGUGAACAAAGCUUGACUUUGGUGAUGGACAUCCGUCCUGUUCCUAAAGUUGUUCUAGUCUAAUUUUAGACACAAACACUCUCUUUCUCUCUCUCUCUCUCUUGAGUAGAGAUACACAUUAGAUGUACCAUAUAAGACAAUCGUUUACAUGCUAUUAUAGAGCAGAUUUAACUUUUCAGGUUAUUUCUUC